GAUUUGCGGCAAUCGGCGCUUGCUACAUGUCAGCCUACAGUGUUAGUGAGAACAUCUCCGCAUUAACAAUUUCGAACUGUGCGUCUCUUUCAUUAUAUAAGAGAUCGGACGGAUUAUGGCGGUGGGGCGAAUAAUAGUCUUAUCCGCGUUGUUUGUCGAGGCGCUGUCCGCGCCGAGCGGCUGCAUAGAAUCCUGCAACUUCUACGAAAGUAGUCACUCAUCCUACCAGAGCCGUCAGACGUCCGGCGGAAGUCACCUGGACCAUGCUGGUUUGAUACAAGGUACUCUGAAUGAGCAGGACUACGCCAGGCCGGGCAACUGGACCGAGCGCAAUCAGUAUGGCACGAGCAACGGGCAGGGCAAGGUGCACGAAGAACGAGGGCAAUACGUGGAAGGCUCGAAGAGGGUCCGAUAUUACAAGAAGAACUUCACGUCGUCCUACGGUACGGGCAACGUGCCGGACGGUGCGGUCGAGUUGGACCGACUGAGCGGUCAUCGGGAAUACGAGUCGUUGCACCUGCCGAGUAGCCAGCAUCUCGACUCCCAGAGCGCGUACGUGGAUCAGGUAGGGGCGUCGUCGGUGACGAAAGAAAGCGGAUACAGCAGAGUGCAGAGCCAACAACAGUCGUCGUCGUCGAGGCGAAUCGACGGCCAGAGCGAGAGGCUGGAGGACUUCGGGGAGUACGGGUACUCGCAGGUGAAUCGUCAGCGUGGGCAGACGAGCGGGCAAACGAGCGGGCACCAGCGCGCGGAGACGAGCCUCCCAGAGAAUUGGAGCAGAGUGGACGCUUACAGGACCGACGGGGGCCGCGGGCGCGUCUACGAAGAGGAGGGUCAGUACGUGACCGGGCCUAAGAAGGUCAGCUACUACAAGAAGAACUACACCUCCAGCUACAGCACGUCCCCUCAGGUGACUGUCGGCUCGCUCCCGGACCUGCAGCAGGAGUUGCGGCAGAACUUGCACGAGCAGCUCGACGGCUUCAGAAGACAGUUCCAUCAGACGUCCAACGUCGGCCAGGUGGCCACCGUCGCGAGCUCCGCUUCGAGUCUGACGCAGGAAACGGCCGGGCUCCGCAGCGACGAUCUGCAAACCGCCGAAAGUGACGCGUACAGGCAACAACUGACGACUACUCAGCAUCGCGUCCCGUCCACCGUUACGCACCAUUACGCCGGCGAGCAGCAGCAGAGGGAGACCUUCGCUGCCGAUACCAGCCAGCACGCGCCCUCCUACACCUAUCCUUCCGCGGGCGCGUACGGCACGGAGAGCCAGAGGACUUACCAGAGCCACGAGACCUACGUAUCUCGGGCGCAUCCCACGCCUCAGCCGACUCACUCGUCCCAAAUCACCGCUGCGUUGUCCUCGUCCGGUUACGUCCAGAGGCCGGUGAUCGGCGACUAUCGCUCGCAGAACGCCCACUCCAGCGGACUUCACGCGGGCUUCGACGAGGCUCAGCGCGCGAUCGUCGCCGACAGCCUCCACCGGGCUUCCAGCGCGGCGCAGAAUCAGUUAUUCGAGAACUCCCAACGCGUGUAUUACCCGGAUCGCGGCACUUAUCCCGGCGGACGGGGUCGAACGACGCACUACGAGGAGCACUGGAGUUCCUCCAGCCGCGCCGACGGGAACCCGGAUCGUAGCGCGUCUUACGGCGCGGACAGGACGCAUUACGACAGGGUCGCGUACAACGAGCACCUCGGCCGCUACCACGACGCGGCACGGCAGGGCUACGACUCCCAGACGCACACCGGCGGCGCCGCCUACAAUUCCGGCUACAGGGCGACCUCGGGUCAGCUGGUCACCGGGUCCGCGGACGUGGGCCAAGUGGCGCACGGCGCCGCCGACUGCACCGAGGAGACCCAUCAACACUAUCAGCAGGAGAGCAGGUAUCACAGGAAGUAUAAGCGGGACGGGCAGCAACGUCCAGUGAGAAGCGGGCACGACGAUCUCGCGCAGCAACAUCGGCAGUUCGGCCAAGAGUCCCAGCAAGUGGAGGACUUGACGCAACAGACUCUGGGCGAUCAGCACCUGGAAGACUUCACGCAACAGACGAGCGGUAAACUUGAAUUGGGGCAGCAAACUAUCGGUGGCCAGCACUCGGAGGAUUUAACGCAGCAGACUGAAGGAUUUGAACAGCAGACAGCAGGGUCUGAUGAUUUCACGCAGCAGACGAGCGGUAAACUUGAAUUGGGGCAGCAAACUAUCGGUGGCCAGCACUCGGAGGAUUUAACACAGCAGACUGAAGGAUUUGAACAGCAGACAGCAGGGUCUGAUGAUUUCACGCAGCAGACGAGCGGUAAACUUGAAUUGGGGCAGCAAACUAUCGGCGGCCAGCACUUGGAGGAUUUAAUGCAGCAAAUUGAGCAAUUGUCACAGCGGACAGAGAGAUCCGACUUCACGCAACAGACGAGCGGUAAACUUGAAUUGGGACAGCAAACUAUCGGUGACCAGCAUUUGGAGGAUUUAACGCAGCAGACUGAAGGAUUUGAACAGCAGACAGCAGGGUCUGACGAUUUCACGCAGCAGACGAGCGGUAAACUUGAAUUGGGACAGCAAACUAUCGGUGGCCAUCACUCGGAGGAUUUAACGCAACAGAAUGGUGAAUUUGGUCGAUACGUGCAAGUAAGUACAUUGGGCAAGCCCAGGGAUCAAUAUUUGGAAGAACUUAGACGUCAGAUGGGAGAUUUCCGUCAACAGACAGAAGGAAAUGAUGAAUACACGCAACAGACAAUGGAACAGCAGUCGCAACAGCCGCAUGAAUCUGGAAAUCAGGAUUUGGAGGACUUCACUCAGCAAAAUGAAGAUUGGACCCAGCAAGCUGGGGGAUCUCAUGAUUUCACGCAACAGACGAUGGGACAUUUAGAAGUUGGACAGCAGCAGCAUAGAUCUGGAAACAAGGAUUCGGAGGACUUCACUCAACAAAAUGAAGAUUGGACCCAGCAAGCUGGAGGAUCUCAUGAUUUCACGCAACAGACGAUGGGACAUUUAGAAGUUGGACAGCAGCAGCAGCAGCAUAGAUCUAGAAACAAGGAUUCGGAGGACUUCACUCAACAAAAUGAAGAUUGGACCCAGCAAGCUGGAGGAUCUCAUGAUUUCACGCAACAGACGAUGGGACAUUUAGAAGUUGGACAGCAACAGCAUAGAUCUGGAAACAAGGAUUCGGAAGACUUCACUCAGCAAAAUGAAGAUUGGACCCAGCAGGCUGGAGGAUCUCAUGAUUUCACGCAACAGACGAUGGGACAUUUAGAAGUUGGACAGCAGCAGCAUAGAUCUGGAAACAAGGAUUCGGAGGACUUCACUCAACAAAAUGAAGAUUGGACCCAGCAAGCUGGAGGAUCUCAUGAUUUCACGCAACAGACGAUGGGACGUCUAGAAUUUGGACAGCAGCAGCAGCAACAGCAUAGAUCUAGAAGUCAGCACUUAGAAGAUUUCACUCAGCAGAACGAGGAUUUUUUGACCCAGCAAGUUGGCAGAUUUGAUGAUUUCGCACAUCAAACGCCGGGACAUUUGGAACGUGGGCAACAAAUAGAGCAAGAACAGAAGCCUGGCAGAUCGAGAUAUGACGCUCAAUACUCCGAACAUCCUUUUCAACAAAGUGGGUGGGACGAGGAGCUUAAAUGGCAGCUGGAGCAAAUGUCGCAGAAGGCAGAUCCUAAUGAAGAUUUCACUCAGCAGGCUGAUCGCGAUGGACAAUCGGUGCCGGCAUCGAAGCCGAAACCAAGGCAGCGAUAUCCAAAAUACAGCUCGAAUCCAUCGCGUGCGGACGUAAACGCUGAAGACGUUUCCAAACCAAUCGAGAUCAAUCCAGAGGCUGAUAUCAAUGAUAGAGGAACUGUUCGAUACGACAGUCACGCGACACAUCCCAAGUCCGACGAUCUGCCGAGCCAAGGUAGCAACGGAUUCGACAACGAGAAAGAGAACAUAGAUCGGCUGCAUUGGGUGCACAAGUCGAACGACGCUACGGUGGGCCUACAAUGGCAUUACACUUAUCACCCAAGUGACUUAACUAACGUCGAAAGCUCGCACAACGUUUAUUACCCCGAGUAUAACUCCAUGCAUUCACAGCAAACGGAACAGCGAAAACCGGUCGACUUCACGCAACAACAACAACAAGAAACACAGAAGCCUACAUUCGAGGUGUCUCCCUUUAACAGUCAGUUGGAUCAAAAUUCUGAGUAUAUCCCGUCGAGAGUAAUUCCACUGCAGCACAGCAGCUAUACUUCGCAACAAGCAACACCGUUGGAUAAACAAUCGGGUCAAAAUCCUGGGCAGACGGAACUGAAAAUGGAGUCGCGGAUUCUGGAAGUGUUCGGCGGAGCACCUUAUACAGCACGCAAUGACGAUAUCUACAGGAGAGUCACACCAAAUCCCAGCGCCACCCUGCCGCCUGUGUACGGUGAAGAAGCGUGGGAUGUUAGGGAAAAGCCCAGAGGAAGAACUGAGGUGAUACCUUGGUCGAUAACGAGGAAACCAGCCACGGACGAAGCUGAGGAUGCUAGAACGACAGAAACGGAAACUACAACAACGGCGGAAACUACAACACAGGUCGCAGAAACUACGACAAAAGAGGAGGAUCCGCCGUCUUUCUGGGCCAGAGUUGGCAACAAAAUAACCAACACAUAUGACAAAGCCAAAGAAAAAGCCAGAGAGAUCUUCGGUUAGAUAUCACAUUUCCUACCUUUUUUACACAAAUUACUUAUUUAUACGGAGCAAAAUUUGUCAUAUUGACACUUCGAAAUGUCUGUUAACAUCUACGAGCAUCUAUUUAUGAACAACUUGUAUGAACUCGGAGUUGCAAAUAAAAAUGAAGCAAAUAAACCGUCAAAUGUAAUCGCAA